CCCCAACCCAUUGACAGGGCGCAAAGCAGGCUUUGCAUCUCCCCGACCGUAGCAGCACACCUCUAGUUCCACUCAGGUCGCCAGGAUGUCUUGGAAGCUGGGCAAGAGCAAGUCGAAGCAGGCCGCUAACGGGCUGUCCAUCCAGGACAUGGACGCGCGUUCGACGACGCCGACUCCAGGCAACCCGAGCGGGAAGCUGCAGUCCGGGCUGCUUGCGAUUCGUGUGCUAUGGGCGGAGGGCCUCGUGCUACCGGGGGGCGCCGCGCCCCCGCCCGCGGUGCAGGCCGCGCUGUCCUCGCAGCAGGCGAAGGUGGCCGCGAGCGUGUCGCCAUCGAGCGUGACGCAGCACCGGCUCGCGAACCGCAAGAGCAACCGGGACAGCGUGCAGCGGACGCAGUGCUGGUGGUUGCCGUACCUCGUCAUGGAGUUCGAGGUGAACCAGGUGCUGAUCACCCCGCUGGGCGGCGACCUCGGCAAGCCGCUGUACAUGUAUGAGACGACCUUCGAUGUGUCGCGUCAUUCCGAGAUCUCCAUCCAAUGCUACCUGCGGACGGAGGAGCCGAAGCGCGGUGGGGAUGGCAUCGCGGACGACAUGGGAAACGAUAUGUUCCUAGGCGGCGUGCGGUUCAUGCCCGACUUCGAUGACUCGUCGUCGCAAGACCAGUGGUAUGACCUUGCGGGCGGCGCGGGAAGGAUCCAGAUCGGUGUGGCGUUCAAGCCCAGCAGCGGCCAAUCCCUUACCAUUGACGACUUCGAGCUGAUCACUGUCAUCGGAAAGGGAAGCUUCGGGAAGGUCAUGCAAGUCCGGAAGCGCGAUACCUCCCGUAUCUACGCGCUGAAGACGAUCCGCAAGCAAUACAUUGUCCAGCGCGGCGAGAUUACACAUACCCUGGCCGAGCGCCUAGUGCUCGCGCGCGUGAACAACCCUUUCAUCGUGCCCCUGAAGUUUAGCUUCCAGUCGGAGCAGAAGCUCUACCUUGUGCUCGCUUUCGUCAACGGCGGAGAGCUCUUCCACCACCUGCAGCGGGAGCAGAGGUUCAACGAAGUACGGUCGCGGUUCUACAGCGCAGAACUACUUCUUGCUCUUGAGCAUCUCCACGAGCUGGACGUCGUGUACCGCGACCUGAAGCCCGAGAACAUCUUGCUUGACUACACGGGCCACAUCGCUCUUUGUGAUUUCGGCCUGUGCAAGCUCAACAUGAAGGACUCGGACAAGACCAACACGUUCUGCGGGACGCCCGAGUACUUGGCGCCGGAGAUCCUUUGUGGACAGGGUUACAACAAGACCAUCGACUGGUGGACGCUCGGCGUGCUUCUGUACGAGAUGUUGUCUGGCCUGCCACCCUUCUAUGAUGAGAACACGGACACUAUGUACCAGAAAAUCCUGCACGACCCACUCGUCUUCGGCGACGAUAUUGGCGUCGAAGCGCGCAGCAUCCUCACUGGCCUUCUCACCCGCGACCCCACGCAGCGCCUUGGCGUUAACGGGGCCGAGGAGAUCAAAUCGCACCCGUUCUUUGCAAAGCACAUCGACUUCCAGAAGUUGGUGCAGAAGAAGAUCCAGCCGCCUUUCAAGCCGAGUGUCUCGAGCCCUGUUGAUGUAUCCAACUUCGACACCGUCUUCACGACCGAGGCUCCCAUGGACAGUGUUGUCGAGGGAUCGCAACUGUCACAGACCGUCCAAGCCCAGUUCGCAGGCUUCUCGUACGACGGCACCCACAUGCCUGUCAGCCCGUCGUAAACCGCCACGCUCAUUGCCCAUCAUCUACACCUACAUCUACAUUGUUCCAUCGGUCAUCAUGCAUACCAUACGUCUCGGAGGAAAGUUACUUACACGUCCUGGGUUUGUUCUCUAUACGCCUACCUCUGUCCUUCCUUACAUACAACAUCGCUAAUCGCUCCCUGCUCGUUGUCGCGUUCGCUUUGUGUGUCUCCGUUAUCAGCGCUUGCGCACCAUAGUACAUAGUAAUACCACAUCAACGCUGCGGCACAUUUCCG